UUUAUUGACAAAACAGUUUUCAGGGAAACCGAAGCCAAAAUCACAAAUACAAGCUUUUCUAAAGCAGGUCCAGUAAUUUUCCACUCUCGUCAAACAUUUAUCCUUUCACUCAAAAUUAAUUUGAUUCCUACUGUAAGAUGAUUCAAUAUGAUACUGUGCAGAUCAAAAAUAAAUCAUGGCAGCCAGAAUUGCAUACUGAAGGCACCUAUGUGUGCUCCUUUCCUGAGCCUCCCCAGCCGGAUCCUCAACUGAAUCCGGGGACAUGGUAUGGCCAUCUGGAGCCGUACCAGCGGCUUUUCUAUCACCAGACGAUGAACUCGGUGCGUGCGAGCAAGCGUUACCGUGCCAAUCCGAACAUCCCGAAGGAUACGUUGGAUUUCUCGCUGCAGGCACGCUACGACCAUACCCGUGAAGCCUUUCCUGAUAAGGUCGACUAUGUGAUGCAACGAGAGACUUGUCGCGCCGUAAGCAGCUGGUCGGCUCCCGGUGCGGCAAAAGAAAUAGGUUCCCAACUCAAGUCAUUUCGGGUGUUACGGAACACUCGCUUCAUUCGGCGUAAGCAAGAGGAUGUACUCGGUCACCCGCUUCGUAUUGGCGGUUGUAAGGAAAAGAUACAUCCGCACAGUGUGAAGCUAAUAUGCAGCGGUGUCCACAACCAGUUGGUCAACAACGGAUUCUCACGCCAGACCUCUGACGGCAACUUCUUCCGCUAUUAAU